AGAGAAAGGCGCCGUCCGGUGGCCCUUAAUUGCAGGGAUUUCUUUCCCCCUACCCUUCCCUUGCUUUCCCCUCUCUUCCGUCAUCUCUUCUCUCUUCCCCCCCCAACAUCUGACGACAACAACUCUCUUCCGGACAAACACCCGAUCUCUCUCUCUCUCUCUCACUCACUCUAUCUAUCUUUCGGUGUUCCUCCGUUUCUCUCUGUCUGUGUACAAUACAUGGCGGCGUAUCUCUGAUUUUGCUUCAGAUUAUUCCCGGAGAUUCGCCUGAACCGAGCAGGAGAACAAUGAGGGUCGUCCACAUUUCAGCGGAAUUCCCUAGAGCCAGCGUCCUCCGAGAAUGAGCUAAUGUGAUGGGAAAAAGUUCUUUCUUUAGUUUGUUGUUUCCGUUGUUUCGUUUCGGAACUCCUGAAGGUGGAGAGUUUCAGCUCAUCCUGUAGGAGUUGUUUUUGUGCCAGAGCAAUUUUGGAGGGAAUAUAUCAUUCUUAAUGGCUGGGUGGUCGAAGUUUACUUGCCAUCACCAUUUCCUACCGCUGCAGGUUUGAAGAGUGCAUGCAGAACGUUUUGCUGUAUAAAAAAAACUCAACAAUUUUGUGGAGGUUCUUGUGCAAUUCUUUUACUCAGCUACGUAUAAUUCAUUGUAUUAUUGAUGUACCGCUAGAUCCCGGCGUGCACAUUGCGGGUGUGUCUUGUCACCAUUGCUCAAAGUUGGUGUGUUUGAGUGAAGCCCUCUAGUUGGGUGAAUAAUGUUCAAAGGAUAGUUGCAUCCUUUGGUUAUAUCUUGAGUUGGGAACAUAGAUCUUUGCUGGAGUUGCAUCCUCUGGUUAUAUCUUGAGUAGGAAACAUAGAUCUUUGCUGGAGCAAGUUUACAGUAUGACAGGAAAUGAGGAGGGUAAAAAGCAGAAGCCUGAGAUAGUCUCAGAAACUUUAGAAGCUGGACAUAAUCAGCAGGCUGCUUCUGCAAUACCUUUAGGAAAUGCAGCUCAUUUCAGUCCGAAUGUUCAAACUAAUGCUGCAAGGAAAGCUAUGAUAAAAGACGCACAUGAAUUAAAUUCUGCAGACAUGGUUACACUGCAGGAAGAAAGAGAUCAGUUAGCUUCAGAAGGACCAGGCACUGUGCAAGUUGGGUCUGUCGUUAAUGAAAGAUUACAUGGUCCUUCUGAAAAUGUGGCAACGAAUUCACCUUUGGAAGGUAUAAUACCUAUUCCUGAAGGGAUGGGUGGAAGUAAUCCAACAGGUAAUCGUUCUUGCCACAUAUAUGCUCAGUUGAACGAGAACAUUGGGUGUUGCUCCGAUAGUCUGUCCCAUGAACCCUCCAAAACAUUUCAAAAUCUUACUGAUCCUCUGAUAUCUCAAGAGCUAAAUUUAGCGGUUAAAGCAGAGCCUAUUUGUGAAGUUGUGGAAAUAUGUCCUGAAGAUGGAACAAAUUGUCUAGUUACUGAACAAUUUGAAUUACCGGUUGAAGUCAUAUCUAAUCUUGAUCAUCUUGAAACACCGGCAGGAAACCCGGCCAAGAAUAUUGUCAGGUCAGGUCGUAGGGACAAAAGGAAUUCUACCAGAAUGAAGAAAAAGUAUAUAUUAAGAUCCUCUCUUGGCAAUAAUAGCAAAGCUCUCCGGUCAAGGGCGGGUAAGAAAUCGAAAAGUUUGGAAUCAGACUACCAAAGUGGUGAUACUACUGCCCCUGAAGAGUCAAAGCGUAUCCGAAGAAAGAAACAAAGAACAAGAAAAGUGACAGCAGAUGAAUAUACGAGGAUUAAAAAGAAUUUGAGUUAUAUGCUGAACCGGAUUCGUUACGAGCGAAGCCUGAUUGAUGCCUACUCUAGUGAAGGCUGGAAAGGGCUGAGCUUAGAAAAGUUGAAGCCUGAGAAAGAGCUUCAGCGGGCCACAUCUGAAAUCAUUCGACGGAAAUUAAAAAUAAGGGAUCUGUUUCAGCGCCUAGACGCCAUGUGUGCAGAAGGACGGCUUCCAGAAGCUUUAUUUGAUGAAGAAGGAAUGAUUUCUAGUGAGGAUAUAUUCUGUGCAAAGUGUGGGUCCAAAGACUUAACUCUUGAUAAUGAUAUCAUACUAUGCGACGGUGCUUGUCAGCGAGGGUUCCAUCAGUUCUGUCUGGAUCCACCAUUGCUUAAAGAAGACAUCCCUCCUGGUGAUCAAGGUUGGCUCUGCCCUGGAUGUGAUUGCAAGGUUGAUUGCCUGGACUUGCUCAAUGAAUCACAAGAAACAAAUCUUUCUAUUACAGACAGCUGGGAGAAGGUCUUUCCUGAGGCUGUCAAAGCAGGAAAUCAGGAUCCCACCUCUGGACUUUCUUCUGAUGAUUCCGAAGAUGAGGAUUUUGACCCUGACAGACUGCAGACAAAUAGAAAGGUUCAGGGAGAUGAAUCAAGCUCUGACGAGUCAGAGUAUGCUACUGCAUCUGAUAAUUCUGAGCCUCAGGCUAAAGAUAACCAGUAUCUUGGUCUCCCUUCCGAUGAUUCAGAAGAUGAUGACUAUGAUCCUGAUGCUCCUAACCCUGAUAAGGUUAAAGAGGAAAAUUCCAGUUCUGAUUUUACUUCUGAUUCUGAGGAUCUAAAAGCUGCUUUGUUGGAUGAUGACCCUAAUGGAUCUAAUGGAGUGCCCGAGUCUUCAUCACUCAAAGGACGAAGAGGCCCGAAGAGAAAGAACUCUGAAGGUGGAGGAAAGAAGCAGGCCAUAAACGAGUUGCAUUCUUUGUUGGAGUCGGAACCUGGCGAAAGCGGAGCUGCUACUUCUGUUUCAGCAAAAAGGCAUGUCGAGAGGUUAGACUACAAGAAGCUUCAUGAUGAGACAUAUGGAGGUACUUCUUCUGAUACGAGUGACGAUGAGGACUGGACUGAUACUUCGUCGCCAAAGAAGCGAAAACGAAAUGGUGAGGAUGAAAAGCAGCAAAAGGAAGAGAUUAGUGUGAGCAUAAAUAAAACUCGUAGUAGGCGGAAGUCGGAAGAUACAAGUACUCCUUCAGCAACUAAACCUAGUGCAAAAAAUCAAUCAUCAAGUUCUAGAAGACUCGGGGAAGCUGUAAAGAAGAGACUAUACGAAGCCUUCAACUUGAAUCAUUACCCCGAUCGAGCUACCAAAGAGAGUCUUGCAGCGGAGCUAGGAAUCACUUGUCUCCAGGUGGAUAAAUGGUUUGGGAAUGCUCGCUGGUGUUUCAACCAUCCUUCUGGAAGGAAAGCUAAAGUACCAGCUAAGGACGACAAUAAGGAUACCACCCACUUGCCUCAAGCUGUGAUGAAGUCGAAUGAGGAAAUACUUUCGAAUGGAACCCAAAAAGAGGGAAAUCCUGGGGUGACCGCUUCUAUUCCCGGCAGCAGCGAAAAAGAGGAUGAGAGGGAAAAGAAAUUAUCAGAACCAAGGGAAGAAUUCAAUAAUAGAGAAGGAUCAACUGUCGGGAACAAAAAAUAUAAGGCCAGUAAAGCUCCCAUGGCCGUUGGGCAAGCCAGCGGAAUUCAGACUAGGAGAUCUGCCUCUUGACGAACCAAGUUCAAAUUUUGACCUAAUGAGAGAGUGGGAUUGGGGUAGAUCUUCCUUAAAUCAGCAUCUGCUUCUCCUUGGGGUAUCAUCAAUGCAGAGCCUUGAUAUGCUUGGCCGGGAUGCGGAUGCUUAUCUCACGAGAUGGUCCAAGGGAGGUGGCAAGUUAUCUCCCAGCCCAUCACGGUUAUAUCGGUUUGGCUUUGGUUCCGAAGCUAUACAGCGUUUGGUCCUGCCUGGCCCCACUUUCCUUUCCAGCCUUUCUCCUUUCUUCUUCCCUCCCUGAAGGAAGGGAAUAUGGAAAUUAAUUUAGUUAGGAGGAGCCAGACACUGAGCUGUUGGGCGUGUGUUCCUGUUUGUUUGUAGAGUAGAGAAGAAAGUGCACCGACGCGGUCUUCUUGUGUAUCCUGUUUGUAGUAUUUAGGGCCCCCGGAAUAUUGAUGUCUUGUUAGUUCAGUUCUAGGUUGGUCGAUUUCGGAUUCUCGUAACUAUAUACCUAUUCUUAUAUUAUAUCUAAAUUCUGGAAUGCCGAGGUACCAUUGGAAAUA